UUUUUUUUUAUCAUUCUUUCUUUCUUUAAACAAACGAAAUCAAAAUGGAAAAAAUAGCAAUGAUAUCUUUUUUAUUACUACUCUUUUACUAUUCCAAGUACGAAAGACUGCUUGUAUGAAGUACGAACAACAAUUACAAGCAAGGAUACAUCCACCAUGGCGAGACUAUUAUAUGGCCUACGGUUCUCUCAAGCAAUUCCUCAAACAAAAAAGCGACCAUUGGUCUAGCCAAGACGAACUGACCUUUGAAAAAUUAAUGGCAGCAGAUUUAUCAAAAGUAUGUCGUUUUUUACAACAGCAAAUGGAAUAUAUAGGGAAACAGAUACAACAAUUCGAAGAACAAGCUCGUCAACACAUACAACAAGAUAGAUCAGCAAACCUUCCUCUUACAACUCAAGUCAUGUCUUUGAUAUUUGAUCUACACGACACGAAUCAAUUCCUUUACGUAAAUAAAUUGGCUUUUGACAAGAUGGUGAAGAAACAUGAUCGAUAUACUACAUUCUUGAUGCGAUCUCGUUUUAGUUUUAUGGUCGACAAAUCUCGUCUCAACUCUUACAUGCAACAACUAGACAAUAAUAUGACUCGACUUUGUCAUCUUUAUGAAGAGUGCCGACAAAAACAACCAUUGAAACUAGAGGAACCCAAUUACGAUGCAAACAGAACGAUACUCAAAGGUGAACGACAGCAACAAUGUACUACUUUUUGGAUCCAUCCAGACAAUAUCAACGAAGUCAAAGCCAUUUGUUUAUUCCACCUCCCCAUGCUACCAACCUCGAAUACCUCUUCAACAUCAGUCAACGUCCAAAAAACAUCAAAACAUCCUAUAGAUCAUGCUGUAUCCACUGUGUAUUUCGACAAUGCCAACUUUAGCCUGUAUAAGAAUACCGUUUCCCUUUGCAACGAUGAAGAUUCCAUAUCUCAAACAAUAGAAAGAUGCGACACGAUGUUACAAUGCCAGUGGUAUGGACAAGAUUCUUCCAAAAUGUAUAUGUCAAGUUAUCAAAAGGACGAUAUCGACCACCAACAGAGAGAAACGAUCAAACAUCAAUGUAUUGUGGACAAUAUACCGGUGAAUUCCUUUCUCAGUCGAUGGCAGCACGUAUUGGACGAACAGCACAAGUUUUCCCAUGUUGAAUCCAUGCAGCAAAUGAUCCACCAACAGCAUCUUGCUCCAAUAUGCCAUACAACUUGUCAACGAAGCAUCUUUUACGAACAAUAUCCAGAUGGAACAUGUCUACAGAUACAGGUGGACAACAAUAUCACUUUUAAUCGACCUUUUGAUGGAUGUAAUAAAACGAACGUACGAAGGAUGGAACAAUCUGAUAAUCAUCGAUUUCCCUAUGGAAUACUCUCUCUACGACACACAGGCAAACAAUCGAUUCCUCUUUGGUUAUCACAACUCGUAGCCAGUCAUUUAGUAUACGCCAUUCCUCGCUUCUCCGUAUUUGCUCACGCCAUUAAACAACUAUAUUGCAACCUGGUCCUUCCUUCUCCUUACUGGAUGUCGAUCAUGGAAAACGACAUUAGAAAAUUACCAUUUAAUCAAGUAGGAUUAUCAAGAUCAGAAAGUGAUCGACCUUUGAUCAAUGGACAUCGACCGACUCUUUUAGACACGACACCACAUGUCUCGAUUCCCCUUUUGACGAAUCCUUCAACACCAAUAGCACAAUCCUUUUUUCGUAACGUAGAUGGUAUGAUGAUGUACAACAAAGGCAACAACAGCAACAACAGGAUCACUGAACCUAAAACUUAUUUCGCCAAUGAACGAACCUUUAUCUCUUGGUUACAAUUUUGUGCCAUGUUAUUGACAGUGGCCCUUAGUUUAUUCAAUCGGGGUGAUUUGAUAUCAAGAUGGAUGGGGGCUAUAUUUCUUUUUAUAACAUGUUUACUGGCAUGUUAUGCAUUAGGGCGGUUUCAAUACCGAUCGUGGCAACUUCGAACAAGACGAUAUGUAUUACGUUAUGAUGAUAAAAUUGGGCCUAGUAUAUUAUGUUUCUUUUUAGUAUUAGCUAUGAUGAUCAAUCUUUAUCUUCGAUCACCUAUUUUUUAAUUCAAUAAAAAAAAAAAAAAGAGUGUUGAAAU